AUGAAAAACUUCUCUAUGGUGACCAAGUUUAUUUUGCUGGGCAUCCCACACACAGAAGGUCUGGAGACCAUGCUAUUUGUCUUGUUUUUAUCUUUCUACAUCUUCACUCUGGUGGGAAACCUACUCAUCCUCCUUGCAAUUAUCUCCUCCACUCGACUUCACACACCUAUGUAUUUCUUUCUGUGCAAGCUUUCUGUAUGUGACAUCUUUUUCCCGUCAGUGAGCUCCCCCAAGAUGCUGUUCUAUCUCUCAGGGAAUAGUCGCACUAUCUCCUAUGCUGGCUGUGUGUGCCAGCUCUUCUUUUACCAUUUUCUGGGCUGCACUGAGUGCUUUCUGUACACCGUGAUGGCCUAUGACCGCUUUGUGGCCAUAUGUUACCCUCUGCGCUACACAGUCAUCAUGAGCCACAGAAUAUGCGCUCUCCUGGCCAUGGGGACCUCAGUUUUUGGCUGUAUUCAGGCAAUCUUUCUAACUACUCUAACAUUCCAAUUGCCGUACUGUGGUCCCAAUGAGGUGGACUAUUACUUCUGUGAUAUUCCAGUGAUGUUGAAGCUAGCCUGUGCAGAUACCUCAGCCUUGGAGAUGGUGGGAUUUAUCAGUGUGGGCCUCAUGCCCCUCAGCUGCUUUCUUCUUAUUCUCACUUCCUAUAGUUUCAUUGUCUUUUCCAUUCUUCAAAUACGAUCCUCAGAGGGUCAACGUCGUGCCUUCUCAACCUGCAGUGCCCACCUCACUGCCAUCCUUCUCUCCUUUAUGCCAGUGGUUCUCAUCUACCUUCAGCCCACUCCUAAUCCAUGGCUUAAUGCAACUGUUCAGGUUCUGAACAACCUGGUCACCCCUAUGCUGAACCCUUUGAUCUACAGCCUAAGAAACAAAGAAGUGAAAUAUUCUCUGAGGAAAGUGCUACAACAUCUCGACUUACUUCCUGAGAAGUGA